CGUUUCCCGCGCGUACGGCGAGAACACGGCGACGUCUCUCUUUCGUCAAGCAAAUCGUCGUCCACGAUGCUCAACAGAUCUGACGCGAUCGUCUGGGAGACGCAUGUCGAAGUUGUUCGCAGACCGUGAACAAGGAAAACAAACCAAUAAUUCCUACUACGUGUUUACGAAUCGCGGCCUGGUGGCCAUGGAUACGGUGGUCUGACGCUGUCUCUUGGAUACACGAAGUGAACCAUUUAGACGCGCCCCAGCAUCUAUAGGCGUGUUGCUCCGAAGCAAAACCGGCCGUCGUUGCCAGUCGACGUCGUCGUCCCGUCUCCGCGCGCAGGAAGAGCCGUUUCCCCCUCUGAUCUACCGCGCAGCCGGCCCGAAAACGCCGCCGUUAUUAUGUGAGCACCACCGUGCAGCCUGUAUAAUAUGAUAUAUCCGUCACUAUCUGAAAGAUCGUUCGUGAACGAUAAGUGAAGCACGCAGUCGCUGUCGAGAAGUAAUCCGAAAAACGAGUCAGUCGCGAGAAUGGCGUUAGCGAAGAUCAAGAGUUUCAUCGACACGGGCUUGAAAACGGUGUCCACGCCGUUGGAUCGUACCGUGAAUUUGGAACCGGAAGUGGGCAUUAGGAUCGUUCAUUCGAACGACGAGAAGACGUUGAAUGUGACGGUACUCGGGGCUCGUCACUUGCCGCAGAAUUUCGGCUUCACUAGAGUCAACAGCUACGUCGUCAAGGUGAAGCUGAUACCGGGAAAGGAGAAGUUCGAGACCACGUCGAAGAACGAGUCCUGGCCGCAAUGGAACGAGGAAUUCACAUUCCCUCUGCGCAAAGAGACAAAGGUGAAAUUCGGCAAGUCGAAAGUCGUAGAGGAGGAGAUCAACGGAUCCAGAUUCAUCGUGGCCACUCUGUACGCCAUUCUCGAGGAUAAACCUCUGAUAGCUACCGAGAAGAAAGAAGCCGACAAGGAGAAGACAGAAUCGCCGAAGAAAGCGGGCAAGAAAAAGGAUGGCCAGGGUGCUUCGUCGGAGAACCAAGAAUCAACGAAGAACAAACUGUUCAGCCAAUUUUUCGGCAAAGGAUCCGACAAAGUCGCCGAAACCACGGUAAGCGAGAGAAAAAUGUACGAGAAAAGACGCACCGUUGGCGCCACCACGAUUUCCCUAGACCCGAAGAACUUCACCUCGAAACCACCGAAACCAAAGCACCCCAGCGACGUGUCCACAGGCGACAUGUGGCGGCCAUUGCGGCCUAUCGCGAGUGGCAUUUCUGGAGCGGAAGAGAGGAGGGAAAACAAGAAGGGUCAGCUCGAACUGUCCCUGUGCCAAGAAAAGACCGACAAGAGGGAGGAAGGUAGUGAGAAGCUAAUUCUAUCUCUGCAUCGUCUGAGAUGCUCUUUGCAGACGAUGCACGAGCACGAGACCCUCAAAGGGCAAAUGUAUUUGAAGAUGUCGGUGGUGGACAACGGCAGAGUCACUCAUUUCUGGAAGAGCGAUCGUUUCGCGCCGUGCGUAUCGAUGAAAUUUGCGCCGGAUAUGGCGAGAGUGGCCGCUGACAAUCCUUAUCAGGGAGCGUUAAAAGAUGUCAGUUUCGUAAUUAAAUUCGUUUCGAAAAAUAAGAUGGGAAAGAAAACGACCGUCGGUCAUUUUGUGAUCGGACCGGACGUAGGAGGACCCUAUGGCGAACAAUGGAAACAAGCUCUGGCGAAACCGGGGCAACAGAUAACGAAAUGGCAAUCAUUCGAAUGAGAACAUUGAUUCGAUGAACAUCGAUUUUUCAUUCGAUUUCUCUUCAC